UUUGCAGAGUAGAAGAGAAUAGUUUGCUCAAGAUUUUUGAGAUAAUAAUAACGAAAAGCAAAAACAAUAGAGGAAAAUCCCAAUUCACUCGUCCUUCACUUGUGUUAAGCAAUUGAGUUGAGAAUCGGAGGCGGAGGCGGAGCGAUCGGAGUGGGGUGCGGGAGGAGAGAGAUCAAAGAUGCGAGGACGAUGUGGAAGGAGACUAGAGAGAGAGAGUUCGGGAACCUUCGCCCUAAUUUGUUCAGCAGUCGCAUUUUCAAAUCUAGGAUUUCGUCCAUUCAGCUCUCCAAUUCCAAGGAAUUCGUCUCCGCUCAUCGCGGCUCAGUCAACUCACUUCAGGUUGAUUUGACAGAGGGUCGAUAUCUACUGGCUGGUGCAUCAGAUGCAACUGUUGCGGUUUAUGAUGUUCAGCGAGCAACAGAUCAUGAGGGCCGUGGCCGAAUUUCAAAGCACAAGUCGUUGUUUGUCAUCAACAAGCAGCAUGAGCAUGGGCAUAAAUAUGCCAUAUCCUCUGCCAUCUGGUAUCCAAUUGACACAGGGUUGUUUGUUACUGGUUCUUAUGACCAUCAUAUCAAUGUUUGGGAUACUAAUACUCAACAAGUUGUAAUGAAUUUUAAAAUGCCAGGAAAGGUUUAUAGAAAUGCUAUGUCUUCAAUAGCAAGAUCUCACAUGUUAAUUGCUGCUGGAACUGAAGAUGUUCAAGUUCGAUUGUGUGAUAUGGCUUCUGGUGCAUUUGCUCACACUUUGUCUGGUCAUCGUGAUGGAGUAAUGUCGAUGGAGUGGUCCACUUCUAGUGAGUGGGUAUUGGUCACUGGAGGAUGUGAUGGUGCAAUACGUUUUUGGGACAUCAGACGGGCUGGGUGUUUUCGUGUUUUGGACCAAUCACAUUCCCAGCUCGGAAGACGUCCACCUCUCCUUGCGUGUGCAACAACAAAUAAGAAAUCAUCAAUAUAUCAGAGUUCUGCAAAAGCCCGACCACCUCAAAGAAAAUCAACUAAUGGCAACACUUUAAAGCCCCAUGGUGUCGGUAGGGUUCCUAGUCAAAUGAAAAGUACAAAGCAGAGAUCACAUCCUGGAAUGCUGUCUAGCCAUGAUCGUGCCACUGCCCAUUAUGGUGUAGUAACUGGAUUAAAGGUGACUGAAGAUGGCAUGUAUCUCCUAAGUGCAGGUUCUGAUUCAAGGUUGAGAUUGUGGGAUAUAGAGUCUGGCUGCAAUACACUUGUGAACUUUGAAACUGCACGCUUACAAAGUAGCAAGGCCAUACAGAUGGCUGUAUCCCAAGAUUCAGCUCUUUCUUUUGUUCCUUGCAUGACCACUGUGAAAGUCUUUGAUAUUUGGUCUGGCCAAACAAAGUGCGCGUUUCGCGGCCACUAUGAAAAUGUCAACUGCUGCUGGUAUAAUGCACAAGAUCAGGAGUUGUAUACUGGUGGUAAUGAUAGGCAAAUUCUUGUCUGGUCUCCACCCAAAUCCAUUUCCAAUGAGGAGGAUGAAUUGAAGAAUGGAGAGGCUGCAACCAGUGACCAGGAUAACUGGAGUGAUUAAGGUUUUCAUAUUUCAAGGUCAGUCAAUAUUUUCGUUCUACUCGAUGCACCGUCUAGUAUAACUGCAGCAGGGAAGGUGGAUAUAAUAGAAUAUGCAAGUUAAACAAUCAACGUCUGCCGUGUAAAAUAGGUCCAAGAAACUUGUUCCCCUUUCGUGCUUCUCGUUGUUCUUGGGAUGUUUUUUAAUCUGGAUAUGAUCGAAUGUCUGAACAUGAUAUUUCUAGGUUUACCUAUGAUGUCGUCUGUACAAUGUGGAAAUGGAAGUUCUAAUGCGAUGUGGCAAAUAAUAUUGUACGAUGAAAAACCCACGUUGACAUUCAUGUGUUGGAAAACAAUUUGUGUUUGAACUUUGAAUUGAGGGAUGUUACAGCUGAAUUUGGGACCA